GGAAGGAACUAGAGGCUGUCUGAGACAGGAAUGAGAGGGGGAAUGCGGGAGAAAGAGAAGCUUUGUCCGGCCCGGACAAAGUCUCGAGUCCCUCUCUUCCUCCUAGGGAGGUAUAGAUGGAGAGCAGGGACCCAGAGGACUGUUGGACUGACAGAGGGGGCGCCCUGAGCUGAAGGAUCCGGGGGAGGGCUGGGCCAGGUCGGGGGCGGGGCUGGGACUGAGAACUGAGCGCGGGACUCGAGACUGAGCCUGGGAGCAGGAAGCUGCCGGAACAGCCGCGGGAGAAAGGAGAGACUCGAGAGGAGCGUUUAUUUAGGACGCUCCGUGCGAGUGUCAGAGACUUUGGAAAGUGCCAUGAGUCUUUCCUGUGCCUUGGGCCUGGAGAGGAGAGAACUUUUAGAAGAGAGAAUUGGAAGAUCAAAGAUCUGAAGCUAGAAGGAGCCUUAGAGGUCAUCCAGUAAAAUCUCAGGGCAAUGGAGAGUGAAAGCACCCUCUGGAACCAAAGUUUUAACGACUCCCUGGAUAUAAACCCACUGGGCUACAAAUGCAAGUUUAAUGAGGGCUUCAAGUACGUGCUGCUGCCCGUGUCCUAUGGUGUGGUUUGUGUGCUGGGUCUAUGCCUCAAUGCUCUGGCCCUCUAUAUUUUCCUGUGCCGGAUAAAGACAUGGAACUCCACCACCACCUUUAUGUUCAACCUCGCCAUCUCUGACACCCUCUACGUGGUCUCCUUGCCUCUCCUUAUCUACUACUAUUCCCACGGUGACGACUGGCCCUUUAGUAUAGCCCUCUGCAAGGUAGUCCGAUUCCUCUUCUAUACCAAUCUCUACGGCAGCAUCCUCUUCCUGCUCUGUAUCAGCAUCCACCGCUUCCUGGGCAUCUGCUACCCUCUCCAGUCCCUGCGGUGGGGCCAGGUACGCUACGCCCGACAAGUGGCUGCCGUCGUGUGGAUCGUGGUGAUAGGCUGUCAGUCGCCCGUGUUAUACUUUGUCACCACCAGCGACCGGGCCGAUCGAGUCACGUGCCAUGAUACCUCAUCUCCUGACUUGUUCGACAGCUUUGUGGCAUACAGCUCAGCCAUCCUCGUAUUGCUUUUUGCUCUGCCCUUCCUGAUCAUCCUGGUGUGCUACACGUUGAUGGUCCGGCAGCUGCUGCGACCCACGACGGGGCAAGCCCGCCUCCCGAGGUCUAAGCGCAAGUCCCUGAGGAUGAUUGCUCUGGUCUUGGUGGUCUUUGCUCUUUGCUUCCUUCCUUUCCAUGUCACUCGUACACUCUACUAUACCUUUCGAUACCUGGAUGUGGGCUGUACAUCCCUCAAUGCCAUCAACAUAGCCUACAAGGUCACUCGCCCACUGGCCAGUGCCAAUAGUUGCCUGGACCCUGUGCUCUACUUCCUGGCUGGCCAGCGGUUUGUCAGGUUUGCCCGCCAUUCUCUGCCACCAGUAGCUGGCCACAAGAUGGUGCUUCGAAAUCCUAGUACUCUAGACAGCGAACAGACUGGAAACAGCCCAGGCCUCAGUGAGGACAGCAAAGAUGCUCGGCUCUAGGGCUGGAGGCACUCAUGCAUCUUGGUCCUAAGCCCUCAAUGUCCCCCAGACUCCACGUGGGUGAGACUGGGGACCAAGCAAGAGAAGGGUUGUGGGUUGUUUAGACACAAAGGAUGUGGAGAUGUCCACCAGACAGAACAAGGUUUGUUCUUAGAGGCCAGCCAUGGAAAGACAAGAGAGAAGGGGACAUUUGACACGACUAUCUGCAUGGCUCCAGGACAGACCCAUGGCUAUGACUGGAUUGGACAUCCAGAAUUAGUGACAGGAAGUAGAGAGACUGCUGACUGGGAAAUAAGACACCCUGGGCUCCCUCAUGGCCUAGAUGGGGAUGACCUGGGACACACUACUACAUCCCCUCUCAGACUCCAUUUGCUCUAACUAAAAAGUAACCUGUUAGUAUAUUUAAGGCUGGUGAAAGAUGGCAAAAAGUCCUUCAAUAUUUAAAGCAUUAAGUGACUGUGGAUGUUUAACUAGGGUAAGAUUUGGGAUGGGAGGGAGAAAUUUACUUUCAAAAGUCUAAACUACUCCAGAGACUGGAGGUCCUGGGUUCAAAUCUGGCCUCAGACACUUUUACUGUGUGACCCUGGGCAAGUCACUUGACCCCCACUGCCUAGCCCUUACCACUCUUCUACCUUUAGAACCAAUACACAUUAUUGAUUCUAUGAUGGAAGAAGGGUUUCAAAUAAAUAAAUAAAAAUCUAAACCACUGUCAUGGGGGGGGGGGGGGGGGAGGAUAAAUCUGAGUCUUCUGUGCCUCAGAAUGAAUGAAGUACCUGGAAUGUGGUGGGACAGGAAAUUACAUAAGGCAAAAAUGGGGUGCCAAAAAAGGCCUCAUAAUAACUUUUUAUGACAACUGCUGUCCCAAAGUGGAAUUGAUUGCUUUGGAACAGAGUGAGCUCCCUCUCACUGCAGGUCUGAGGGAAAGGCAGGAUGAACAACUGUCUGGGAUGAAGUAGAAGAGAUUCCUGCCCAGGAACAGGCGGUACUCCAUGCCCUUUGAGGGCCCUCCUGGCAGUCAGGUUCUACGAAUCUGAAGGGGCUGGGCUUAGUGGUCUCUUAGGCCCCUUCCACUUCUGUUUCAUGAUUCCAUGUCUCCAUAUUCUUGAUUCUCUUCCUCAUGGAUUUUCUCAUUUCAAAAUGUAGGCACAUGAACAAACCGGGAAUGAAGUCUAGAGCCAAAGGUGUAUCUUCUCCCUCCCAAGCUCUGGGAAUAGGAGAAUGGCUCAAGGUAGCACAGGGUCCUUAAACUGGUUUGACUUCAUGGGUCUGGUUGAAGGACAAAAGAUUCAGUGGGAAGCGAGGUCCCAUUUUAUGGUGGGAAACACAGAGACUUAGAAGAAAAUAGAGAAUGUCAACUAGAAGGCUACCUAGAACACAGAACAUAGUAUAUCAGAGCUGGAAGGGACCUCUGAACAUAAGAUAUCAGAGCUGGAAAGGAUUUUAGAAUUAAAAAAUCAAAUCCAACAAAAAUUGAAGUGUCCAAGUGUCCAAGUAUGUUCGGGGCCCUGGACUCAGUAUUACUGACACAAAAAGAGAAACAAAAGAGCUCUCCAGACAGAGGGCUCUGGGGACACUUGUGGAGAGAGAAUGCUUUCAACAAGCUGGGUGGAGUAGGUGAGGGGCAGAGGCAGAUUUGUAGGGGUCAGGGAAGGCAUCACGGAAGUACCCAAGGUGAGUCUCAGAGUAAGAGGAUCACAACCUAUAAUAUUAGAGCAAUUAGGGACCUGGAACAAAGACCUGAAGCUGUCAGGGACCUUAAGGGCUGUUAGUUGAACACGUUCAUUUCACAGAUGGGGAAACUGAGUCCAAAAGAGGAAAAGCAACUUUCUCAAGGUCACACAAGGAUGUGGCACAACCAAGACAGAAGACUCCUGACUCCCAGUCCAAGUUAUUAAAACAAUUCUAGGCAUGCUCCUUUCCUCUACCCCCACACUACCCACAAGCCCUGGAUAGUUGUCUUGGAAUUUAAAGUUCCCCUUUCUUCUGCUGCUCCACUGUUCCCCGUCCUAGGAAAGACUCAGACAGGUCUGAGAGAGACCCUGUGUGUGUGUGUGCAGGUGUUUCCAGCUAAGACAAUACCUGCUGCCCUGCUCCCUGGUGUUCCCCUCACCUCUGCGGAUAGGGGAAAGGGAAGUCCAGCAUCCCUCAUGGGUGUGUGGGGAGGAGCACAGGGCAUUAGGGGGUUUGCCUAUGUUCCUGGAGACUUACUCAUACUAAAAAGUGAACUUAUUUGUAGUCAGUUGGUUAUUUAUUUGAGGACACCUAAGCAGGCACCCCAAUGAAUGUUCAACAUUCCCAAUUGCCUAACAUCUCCCCCACCUGCCCAACUUCUCCUUUUCCUCCUAAAAACAAUUCUACCAUUUCCCUUCAAGAGGUUUAAUUUGGGCAGCCUCCCAGGUGCCCUCAGAUGACAUUCCAAGGAUCAAUAGCCUAUCAAAUAGGAAUGUAGAGGAGUUUUACUUCCAUCCUUUGAGGACCCAAGGUCUCAUCUAUGUGAGUAUUUCCUUCAUUGCUCAGAUCACAGCCCUUUCCCACCUUGGCAAAUAUCAUGAGCUGCUGUGUCCAGGAGCCAUCCUGCAGGACCUAACCUUCUGGCCACAACUUAGCUAGGCAUAACCUCAGACAACCAUGCCACCUUUCACAGCAUCUUUACAGGCUAAAAGGUUCAGUAUGGUAGGCCCUGCCUGAGCUGGUAGAGGGAAUGUGGAUAAACUCAUAAAAAAGAAGCAAAGAGCAGAAUGGAGAAGAAACCAGAAUCCAGCAAUAUGUUGUAUCCAAGAAACACAGACACAGAAAGGCACAGUUAAAAGAAGGGGUCAGAGCAGUUCUUUUAUUUAUUUUAUAUUUAUGUCUUUUAUUUAGAACAUUUUUCCAUGGUUCCAUAAUUCAGGGUCCCACCCUCCCCUCCCAAAGCCAACAAACAGUUCUACUGGGUUAUACAUGUAUCAUUGUUCAAAACCUAUUUCCAUGUUAUUCAUAUUUGCAGUAGAGCCACUUCUAACAUCAAAACCCUGAUCAUAUCCCUAUCGCACUAUGUGAUUGAUCGCAUAUUUUUCUAAUGCAUUUCUGCUCCCACAGUUCUUUCUCUGGAUAUGGAUAGUGUUCUUUCUCCUAAGUUUUUCUGGAUUGUCCUGGAUCAUUUCAUUGCUGCUGGUAGAAAAGUCCAUUACAUUCAAUUGUGCCACAGUGUAUCAGUCUCUGUGUAACAAUGUUCUCCUGGUUCUGCUCCUCUCACUGCAUCAAUUCCUGGAGGUUGUUCCAGUUCCCAUGGAAUUCCUCCAGUUCAUCAUUCCUUUCAGCACAAUAGUAUUCCAUCACCACCAGUUACCACAAUUUGUUCAGUCAUUCCUCAAUCGAUGGACACCCCCUCAUUUUCCAGUUUUUUGCCACCACAAAGAGCACAGCUAUAAAUAUUUUUGUACAAGUAUUUUUCCUUAUUAUCUCUUAGGGAUACAAACCCAGCAGUGCUAUGGCUGGAUCUAAAGUCCUUUGCGUAUAAUUCCAAAUUGCCCUCCAGAAUGGUUGAACCAAUUCACAACUCCACUAGCUGUGUAUUAGUGUCCUAAUUUGGCCACAUCUCCUCCAACAUUUAUCACUUUCCUUUGCUGCAAUAUUGGCCAGUCUGCUAGGUGUAAGGUGGUACCUCAGAGUUGUUUUUAAUUUGCAUUUCUCUAAUCAGGAGGGAUUUAGAAUACUUUUUCAUGUGCUUAUUGAUAGUUUUGAUUUCAUUCUGUGAAAAUUGCCUAUUCAUGUCCCUUGACCAUUUGUCAAUUGGGGAAUGGCUUGGGAAAUUAAACCUUUGUCAAAGAGUUUUGUCAUAAAAA